AUGCCGCUUGACCGGCAGGGCGGCGCGGCACUGGGCGAGGAAGAUGCGGAGGAAGAACGCGUGUAUCGCCCGCUACUGUUCCAGUCCACUGGUUAUGCGUCUUCGGAGCUAUUCCGCGACUCGUACGAGAUGCACUCGAGGAUGCCUACAGCAUCUUCGACGGCGCCUCUAUUAGGAGUAGAGACUACUGCCACCAGCUUACUUGAGAAUCAGAAACAGAGACAUGUAUUCGAGCCACAAAUUCGCCUGGAAACGCUGUCAUCACGAGCUGCUACAGCAGUGCUAUGGAUGACGUACCUGGCGUUCUUAUUGGCGAUGACACUGCCCUAUUUACAGAGCAAAGGAUACCUGGAAACGACGAUCGAGUUGUCAGGAGCAGUAUGCAAGGACGAAAUGAGGAGAGAGCCCUGUAUUCAGGUGGACAAGACGAGGAAUAUCGCUCAAUGGGCUGCCUAUGUGACCAACGUCUCACGGUAUACCGGAUCUAUCGAGAUCAAGCUUGACGUUCGGGAGCAGGUGAACACUUCAACGUUGUCAGAAACGCUGUCGUCGCUAGAGAAUAGCAAUACGUUCCAAGAGUUACAGCGGGUGGGGGCUGCAUGGUCGAUGAACCGAGGAGUGAAAAAUAGUUUAGCGAAUCAAGCGACGAGUAUCUCCGAGGUUGAGGACGAAGAGGUGGAGCAAGACGCAGGAUACGUGCUGACCUAUGAUGCCAGACUGUACGGCAUUGACCACGACGUGACACCAGCCACGAAGGACCUUGUUGUAGACGAACGCAAUCAGAGUAUUUGGGUCAGCUGUCGAUCAGCAGGUCCAUGUGAAAUUGUGAGGAUCAUGGAGAUUACGCAAGACGUGGACCGACUGGGUGGCAGUGGAUACGACGCAUACUUCGCUGUCGUGACCUUCAGGGGACUCUAUCCGAAUGUCUUUGGCAAGAACGUGGUCUACGAGUUUGCAUACACGAAACCAGCUAUUCAUGUGGGCGAAGUCGUUGUUCGUGGGGUGUUGGUGCUUGUAUCCAUCUUGGCGCUUCCUUGUUGGUUCAUUUCAGUGUUAAAUUUCCACGGUGGGUGGAGUCAAGUUCUUACAGUGCAAAAAUGGUUGCUGGGCGUCGGUGUCGCGCUCGUACUCUGGCAGAACCCCGUGUACGCAGUAUCUGAGCUGUACACCACUGUGAGCAUGCGUACACGAUUCGUAUCCAUCACGUGCCAAUCAUUUGCAGAGGCAUUCUUCUACGUGUUUUGGCUGAGUCUGAUGGACCAGCACAGUGGAGAUUUCUCUUCUCGACGAUGUUCGUUUGGCACGAAAGUUCUCUUUGGCUUGGUGCUUUUCGCGGUGGACACGUAUAUGACUGUGCUACGGAUGCCAAAGUUAUUUUUCCGAGCGGAAGAAGCAUCAUCGACUCAUGAUUUCCACCUCAAAGAGCUGUAUGCGCUUCUUGGCUUCAUUCGGACGAGUUUAGUGCUGUUUUGGCUCGCGUGGAUCUUGACAGUUGGAGCAAGAUCGGGUCGCUAUCUGAAGGCAUUACCGUACAUGGCAACGCGCUUCAAGCAGCUGUCGUAUCGAUUCCUCGUACUGGAGACGCUGCUUAUUCUCGUCUACACCUUGUUGCUGUCAGCUCUCCUGAUCUUCCACCUGACUCAAUCGUGGUACUUCGUCGGCUACGAUGCGUUCAUCCAAGACUCAGUCCAUACUUUCGCUAAGAUGCACACGGGUCAUCCAUCACUGGGGAAGUUCCUGUUCUUGUCGGUGUAUGUCUACUUGGUCAUGUUCGUGCAUCUGCCUCCACUUGCGGGAGACAGUACGGGACUUCUAACCUCCACUGCGUUCCAUGUCGAAGAGAAGCCGCGCGUGGACUCGUACGGCUUCCUUACACCGGAUUCGAAUUUGUUUUGCGUGGAGACGGCUGGUUGGCUGCUGGAGUUGGCGUAUCAAGCUUACUUCGAUCCUCCUGGGUGUCCGUCGUCGUCUGGGUACGGUGAACUCGCACUGGAGAGAUACGGCUUUGAGCUGAUCACUCAUCUACGAAGUAACCUCACGGAUACACACGUCGUCGUCGCUUGGAGCCAAGAAGAUCAUCGACGAUUAGUCAUAUCCUUCCGAGGCACAACCAGUAAAGCCAACUGGAAGAGCAACCUUCGAGCGGACCAGACGGUGCUGUGGAUAAAAUCUCGAGGGCUGCGUUGGAGGAAAUCGUGUCUUGAAAAAGUCAAGGAUGUCGCUGCGAAGAUCCCUUUGUUGAACAUGGCGUUGCCACGAGUACAUCGGGGAUUCUGGUUGGCGUACGAGUCAAUCCAAGACGAACUGAAGGAGGUGACGCGACUCAUUCUAGACGAGAAUCCUGGAAUUUCGGUGUAUAUCACAGGCCACAGUAUGGGCGGCGCUCUCGCGGUUAUAGCGGCGUACGACCUUGCUGUAAAUUUCAGCAUCAAAGUCAACAUGUACAACUUCGGCGGACCUCGCGUGGGCAACCCGAGCUUCCGUCAGCACUACGACAGCUGUGUCCCCACAAGCUACCGAGUUGUCAUGGACGGCGACAUCGUACCGGGUUGGCCGAGAUUUUGGGGACUGUAUCAGCAUGUGGGGACUGAAAUUUCACUUGACGUUUCGGGAAACUUGAUUGUUGACCCGAGUUUCGUUGAGCGGCAUCUACAUCACUCAUCACGACGCAAGACGACGAUGCAUGGCACGAACGUUUAUCGUGUAUCGAUCGCGAAAUGUCUGGAGAAUUUAACCACAUCGUAACAAAACAUGCCGAAUAUCUAUCA